GUGAACACGGGCUCCGCCUUGUGCUAUCAACAGGGAACAACUCGUGUGUGUGUGUAGGCUCCAUCCCUUUAUAAAAGAACCAUAAACAAAACAAUGUCACCAAGCGGAUCAGAGCACGAUGCCUGCCACCAAUGCGAGAAAAAAAAGCGGAUCGGGAUCGCUUUUCUCAUUCUCUUGCAGAUGCCGAGAUGCGAAAUCAGUGUCGAUUUCUGCAUCAACUUCCGGUUCAUCCGAGAUAUCACCAGAUAUUUUGCGACCGCCGAGGUAUGUAUCUUCUUCCUCCGGCGACACGCGGACCUCCGUCUCGUUGUCCUUGGCUGAAAGGAUGCGGGUUCAUGACGACGGCAGCAAGCACACCACAAGCUUACGCGCCCUGCUUUGGGAGCUCAAAGAACUGGAGCAGAGCGUGAAGGCGUGGGGUGGUGGUCGCCAGAUGCCGGCUGAGACGGGAGAGGAGGAACUAUGGAAGUAUCGGCGGCACAGGAGGAGCAGUAUGGGGAAAGUAGAGGAUAGUGUCGCGAUCGUGAAGGAGACGGAGAACCCUUUACGAGAUUUCAGGAUUUCGAUGCUGCAGAUGAUCGUGGAGAAGGAGAUCGUCGGUAUGGUAGAGCUCCGUGAGCUUCUCCAGCGAUUUCUAUCCGUCAAUUCGCCGAGACACCACGAUGUAAUCCUCCUCGCUUUCUCCGAGAUCUGGGCGGAGGUUUUCUCCGAUCUUCCCACCGUCUCUAAAUCGACCUAGAAUGUUAACUGUGGUUGAU